UUCGUUCAUUCAUUAAUUCGUCCAUCCUUUUAUUCUUUGCAAAACGAGUUACUGAGACAGCAGAGUGAAGUGGUUCCGAGUGCAGACUCCGAAGCCUGGCUUGGUUUCCCCCCUUGGCCAUUUGUGACAGUGGGCAGGACAGGGGCCUGCCUCAGCGUCCACAUAUGGAACAUGGGAUGACAGCAGUGUCUCCUUCAGGGGGCGGUUGGGAAAAUGGAAUUAAACAAUGAAGGCAAAGUCUGGCACAUAUAAGCACUCCGUAAAUUGCAGAUAUUACCGUGAGCCAGACGCUGUACUAAGAUCAUGGUUUUGAGAGGUAGAUGGGAGGAUAACGUCAGUUGAGGUAAGUACCGGUUUAAAUCCAGGGAUAAAUGCUGUGAUCGCACAUGCAAAGGGCUGAGAGAAUAUAAUGGAGGGAGAUGUACAGGGGAGGUUAAGGAGGGUGGCGAGGGAAACUGUGCUUGACAAUGAGUACAAGUCCACCAGGGAUGUCACGGGACUUCUGGCAGAGAAAUUCCUUAAAGGGUCAAAUGUGGGGAUUCGUGGCGUUCUCAGGAGACUGAGAAGUAUGCUAUGGUUAGAACUGAGAGGGUCCUUUCCCCCAGGAAGCCCCUCUGGACUUCCGCGGCUCCGUGUCUGCGCCUCCAGAACAGCACUUAGCACAUAUUUUCAUACUGAAAUGUUCUUUUUAUGCUUCUCUCCCUCGCCUCAGGUCAGGGAUUUUGCAUUGGCCUUGGUCUCCUCCCAUAAUGCCUGGCAUUUGGUACAUGUUUGUUGAACUUGAAGAGACAUAUGAACAAUGAACCUGGAACGCUGGGUUGUAGACAGAUCUUGAAUUCUGUUGAAUGGGAGAACAUCUUUGGUCCUGCAGUGUUGCUGACACUGACAUUUUUCUAAGUGGUCUUGAACAGCCUACUUUUUAUGUAAAUAACGACUAGACUUCAUAUUUUCCACUUCAGAAACCUAUAAGCUAUAGCGGCCAGAGAGUUAAAAAACACUACUUUUAGGAUAUCCUCUACAUUUAACUUGAAAGCUCUUCUUAUUUAAAAAUGUUGAGAUACUGGGGAGAGAUACCAAUCUCAUCAAGCCAGGCCAACAGAAGUUCCUUUGAUUUGCUGCCUCGGGAGUUCCGCCUGGUGGAAGUCCAUGACCCGCCCCUGCACCAACCCUCAGCCAACAAGCCCAAGCCCCCUACGAUGCUGGAUAUCCCCUCAGAGCCAUGCAGCCUCACCAUCCAUACCAUCCAGCUAAUCCAGCACAACCGGCGCCUGCGCAACCUCAUUGCUACAGCUCAGGCCCAGAAUCAGCAACAGACGGAAGGUGUAAAGACUGAAGAGGGCGAACCUCUUCCCUCUUGCCCUGGGUCACCUCCUCUUCCUGAUGACCUCCUGCCUUUAGAUUGUAAGAAUCCCAACGCACCAUUCCAGAUUCGGCACAGUGACCCGGAAAGUGACUUUUAUCGUGGGAAAGGGGAACCUGUGACUGAACUCAGCUGGCACUCCUGCCGGCAGCUCCUCUACCAGGCAGUGGCCACCAUCCUGGCCCAUGCAGGCUUCGAGUGCGCAAAUGAAAGUGUCCUGGAGACCCUAACGGAUGUGGCACAUGAGUAUUGCCUUAAGUUCACCAAGUUGCUGCGCUUUGCUGUGGAUCGGGAGGCCCGACUGGGGCAGACGCCUUUUCCUGACGUUAUGGAGCAGGUAUUCCAUGAAGUGGGCAUUGGCAGUGUGCUCUCCCUCCAGAAGUUCUGGCAGCACCGCAUCAAGGACUAUCACAGUUACAUGCUACAGAUCAGUAAGCAACUUUCUGAAGAGUAUGAAAGGAUUGUCAAUCCUGAGAAGGCCUCAGAGGACACCAAACCUGUAAAGAUCAAGGAGGAACCUGUGAGUGACAUCACCUUCCCGGUCAGUGAGGAACUGGAGGCUGACCUUGCUUCUGGAGACCAGUCACUGCCCAUGGGAGUCCUUGGGGCUCAGAGUGAGCGCUUCCCGUCUAACCUGGAGGUUGAGGCUUCACCGCAGGCUUCAAGUACGGAGGUAAAUGCUUCCCCUCUUUGGAAUCUGGCCCACGUGAAAAUGGAGCCUCAAGAGAGCGAAGAAGGCACUGUCUCCGGGCACGGCGUGCUGGGCAGCGACGUCUUCGAGGAGCCCAUGUCAGGCAUGAGUGAAGCUGGAAUCCCCCCGAGCCCAGAUGACUCAGACAGCAGCUACGGCUCCCACUCCACUGAUAGCCUCAUAGGAUCCUCCCCCGUUUUCAACCAGCGCUGCAAGAAGAGGAUUAGGAAAAUAUAAAAAGAAAAGAGAUAAUUUCUGUCCAAACCUACAAACCCAACAGAAAACCUGAUAUAUUCAGAUUUGUUUCCAUAGCGAUUUGACUCUUAAACACAGUGGAUUUUCCUGAUUUCAGUGAAAUUGAACUUAACCAAACAAGUUUGCAUAUUACUUUUGCAUUCAGUUUUUGUAAUUUUCCACACCAACCAAGCCACAUUUCACAGGUAUGUCAUGAUGCUGGGAUGGUAAUCAGGAGAUCAGAACUGCUGUCCUUGUGACUAGACCCGUUGCUUAGCUUCUCCAAGGCCAUUUCUCUUGCACAACUGAGAAUUGUACCACUUUGACCCAUGUUGCAGGGCUGCUGUGAAGAUUAAGAUCCUAUUAAACCUCAAAGUUGUGCUUGAAUAAGAUUCACAAGUAAAUGUGUGCUGGUAUCAGAUGUCAGUUUUUUUAAUUUACUUCAUGUUUGGUUGUCAUUGGGAAUCCAGUACUAACACCUAGAAAGAAAUCGCUAACCUCUGCACAACUUACCCAUCCGGAGUCUUUCUAAAACUUCUGUUGCCAUGAAGUCUCAUAAAACGAGGUGUGUGGUAGCACAGCCCUCUCCUGUCCCAUCCACAGAUUUUCUUCUUGCUUCUUUAGAUUUGUUCCAUCUAUCCUCAUCCUUAUCUUUAUUUCCACUAAGAUUUUUUAAAAUAUUUUCUCUAUGUACAUUUAUUUAAUUGCCUCUUUCAUUUUCUUUGUGAAUAAAACAAACAGGAACUGUCCAAAAACCGGUUUGUGCUUAUAUUAUUUGUUGCAUCUGCUUGGCCAUCAGAGGCCAGCAGUCCCAUUGCUUUGCCAGAAUUCUACAUCUGCAAAUUGUGCUUCUACUAGAUGGGUAGCCUCUAAAAAGAGGCUUUCUACUCUACAUCAUAUCCUGAACUUUACUAUUGUCACUCAGCCAUUCCAGUACUGCCCUACUUAGCAUCUGAUAGUCUCAAUCAGUAUUUAUUAUGUAAAUGAUGCAGCAUUGGAAUAAUUAGGAGUAAUUAGCACACAUGUGCUUUAUGCCUUGGUAAUAGGUGCCGGCAUGUUAAAUUCUGUUGAAGUUUAUGGAUGCAGAUUACUAAUCUUGUGCAAUUUAGAGCACUCCUUUAAUCAAGAC